AUGACGGAAUCGGAAGAAACAAACUUCAUCGUCAUCACCAAAAUCAAAGAAUUUCCCAUGCCUGAUGGACAACCUAUGGCUAUUGCAUUUAACUAUCCGCUUAUUGCGAUUGUAGUUUCAUCGAAAACCAUAGUUACAUUUAAUUUUGAGACAAAAUCAACUGUUAAAUUAGAAAGGCAGCUUAUAGGUGAAGAGAAUGUAGUCCUCUGUGCAGAUGUCAGCCCAGACAGGACGCAUAUCGCUACAGGUCAUUCAGAUGGUGAAGUUGUUGUAUGGUCUCUACAAUCAAAAACAUCACUUAUAUCCACCAAUACAUCGGAACCAAUAUCAUUCAUCGCUUUCGGAUCGGCAUUUUCGAUUUUUCAUUCAGAUGCGAUGGGCAAUUUAUCAAGAACGACUGUUUCUCAAAAUAUCUUCAAGAAAAGCGUCACAACACAAAUAUUAUACAAUUUCGAACAACCUCUUACCGCUCUUGCCUAUCAUGAUAAUGCUUUAUACGUUUCAACAUCAACUCAUACACUUGCAUACUUAAUAACGCCAGAAUUUAGAUCGCAUUGGACCGACCAUACUUGUACAUCAUGCUUCGCCUUUUUAGAAACAGCAAAUUCAAAGUUAAUCGCAAGAGGUGUUGGACAUAACGUUAUUAUAUCAAAAUACGAUGGAACUCUUAUCAGAACUGUUGAGUUCUCUCAAACUCCGAACGUUGUAUCCAUGCUAAGUGAGAAUUCAGUCUUAGUUCUCUUUUCUGGAAAUUGCGAAAUGGCUGUAGGCGAAAGAAGGUUCAGGAGACAUGUUCCGAAGGGUCCAUCACUUGCUUUCAAGGACAAAAUUUAUGUCGCUGGCUCGGAAUUGAUUCAAUUAUCAAUUGCAAGCAUAAGUCAAAGAGUUGAGAACUAUAUACAAGAAAAUAACUGGCCAAUGGCAUUAGCACAGAUCACCGAGCCAGACGAUAUCGAUGAUUUACAAGGAUUACUUAAAAAAUACGUAAAAUCAGAUCAAUUCAAUCCACAAGAGCUUUUCAAGUUCGUUGAGAGGAUGAAUAUGACUGAUUUCGUUGUCCAGAUGAUGUUUACGGAUAAAAAAGAGCAAAUUUUGGAGGCUUUCAUCGAAUCCGGAAUUACAAAAUGGAAAUUAACACUUGAAUUCAUUAUCGAAGCCGCAAAAUGCAUCAAGGAUGAUCAGAAGCUUAUUAAAUUCCUAACAUCAGUCGAAUUAAACAUAGAAUGGCUACAAACAAUUUUUAAUCUUUGUUUUGACAGAGGUCUCGUUGAUUUGAUAUCAGAACUAGCAUUAGAAUAUUGCUCUGAUAUAUACAUGGCCCUUCUCGUAUACGAAUACAGCAAAAAUUACGAGAAAGAACAUAAUUUAAUCAGAUCUAUCUUAAUGCCUCAAAAUCCAAGCACGGUUGCCCUCAGAAUGAAACAAGAUUGUGUUAAAUUCCUUUCUACGGUCGAUCUUUACGGUUUUGUAAACUAUGAUUCACAAUCUGCUCUCCAAAUCUUCCAAAUCGCUCUAGAUCUGAGUCCACACCUUGGAUUUUCCAUCUCCACCAUCAUCAACCACAUAAUUCCUAGUUUAGACCCUUCUUCCACGUUUUGGGGAAUUUUGAUUCCACAAAUUGUCCAAUAUUCUAUUAUCGUUGACGAUAACUCAUUGAAUGCGAUCAACAGAUUCAUAUUCCUUCCUUCAAAAAGUGAUGUUUCGAUUAGAAGGGAAAUGUUGAACGCAUUACUCAAAACGAACCAAAUAAAGGACUUAAGGAAGUAUCUCAUCAUGACGAGGAGCGCCGGGUUCACAGAUUGCGAACUGAAAAUCAUAGAACUACUCAAGGAUCCAGAAGAAUUAUUGUAUUUUAUUAUCCAAAAUCAGGUCAAAGAAUUCGCAAACGAGCUUAAGAAGGUGACUAACAAUGAUAGCGAGACAAUCUCUAAGAUCCUCGUUAAGCAUUGUAAGACUUUGCUCGGUGUAAAUCCGGAUGAAUACACAGAAAUGGUUUGGGAGUACGGUAAGAGCGAUUUGACGAUACGGGUAUACAAGAACUUAAAAGAUUCGCAUGCUUUGUCAUGGCAUUUCCUUCAUAGAAUCUUCAGUAACCAUAAAGAAUUUUAUGAAGCGGCUGAUGAGCAAUCUUCCGAAUUCUAUGCAAUGAAUCUUGCUAGAUACCAGCCAAAAACAUUGCUUGAUAGUCUGAAGAAUAUGAAAUCCAUACCAUUAGACAAAUUAUUAAAUACUUGCAUGGAAAGAGGUAUUUUAGACAGCGCUUUGUACCUAUGCUUACUCACUCAGGAAAUAGAUAAAGGUGUAACAUUCAGUUCCGAGUACUUGCUCAAUUCUCUUAUGGAACAAGGAGGUGACAAAAAUGUUGUAAAUGAAAUUGUCACUUUUUUGAGUUCGAUCAGUUCCAAUCCAGAUUAUGAAGAGAAUUGGGUUAAGUUAUUAAGCGUAUUCCAACUCCCUUUAUACGCAAUUAAAGAUGAUACAACAAAACGCCAAAAUAUCUUAAAUCUUUUAGGAGAUUUCAUACAAACAAUGACAUUAGUUGUCGAGCCUGUCUUCGUUACCCAGAAUCUAACAACUCUUUUCUCGUUUUUGCCGUUCAAAGAUUCAAGAUCUUUGGUUUCAAGGGUUUUCAAGACGAUAAGAGAGAAAACAGAGUUCACAAGGACAUUCUCUCACAUCGUAAAGGACGAAAGUGUUUGCGCUCAGUUGAAUUUCGUUAAGAAAUUAAGUAAUGGCCACGAAUACGACGCAGAACGCUGUGCAACAUGUGGACAAAGACUAUGUGCUUGUAACGCGUAUGCAGCAAGGUGCGGACACGUUUUCCAUUCGGAAUGCGCCAAAAGUGCUUGGUGUCCGAUUUGCCAAAGAGGAUUCCAGCUCGUUGACAAGAAGGAUGAAGGACAGACUUUGCAGGGUGUCGCAAUGCUGACUAACUUUGAAAAUAAGGUGAAAGAAAGCGAAAUUAAACCUCAACAGAAGACAAACCAGACGAACCUCUUAAAUCCAAAGAAAUUGGAGAUGCCAUUGAUAGGAACUCUCGUUCAACAAAUCUAUGAUUAA